GCUGCCGUGGAGAGAGAGAGAGAGAGAGAGAAGGAGAGAGAGAGGGAGAGAGAGAGAGAGAGAGAGAGAGAGGGAGGGAGGAUUGGUUGUCAGAACCAAGGAAAUAGAACUGUUACUAUUGCUAACGCUGGAAGAUGUAAUGAGAGUCCAGGAUUUGCUAUCGCUCUCAUCUGAUUAGCCUGGAUAGACCUUACAAUGUAAUUGUUGCUUGCAGUACAUUGAUUUAUUUUUUUUAAUCAGUUCUUUUCUUUUUUUACCUGUCUUUUUCUCUCUCCCCCUCUCAUAUUUUUUUUGCAACUGCCAGCUGCUGGGUCUUCCCUCUCUCCGUCUCUUCCUCUAUAUCACUCUCUCUUUCCGUGCGGGGAAGGAGGGAUCUACCAACAGAGCGAAAAAGAAGAAGAAGAAGAAGACAGCAUUGCACCCAUGAGCCUCUGAGGAUGAUGCCUCUGCCGUCGGUGCCACCCGCCCUGUCGCCAUGACGAUGCCGCUCAGCCCCCUCUCCAGUGACGAGGAGCAGCAAAGGAUGCUGGGAAACAGUCAACACCUUUACCCAGGGGCCGAGGAUGAGGAGGAGGACGAGGAGGAGGAGGAGGAAGAAGACGAGGGAGAGGAGGAGGGAGAGGACGAGGAGAACGGCGAACUGGAGGGGGAGGAGGGAGAGGACGAGGAGAUGGAAGAGGUAGAGGGAAGCGGCCUAUCGCGCAGGGGCAGGGAGAAGGGGCCAAGGCAAACAGGCAACAUGAUUGGACGACAGACCGCAGACAGGACGCCGCGCUCCGGCAACUUGGGCCACACCCCCAACCCCUACGCGUCCAAUCCGGCGCCCGGCCACCAGCAGCCGGCCAAUCAGCCGCAGCCGGCGAGGCGGCUGAGGGAGCGGAGCUCCAGCACGGCGCCCCCCGCGGACGACGCGCACAUCUCCAUGAUGAUCUUCCGCAUCGGGAUCCCCGACAUCAAACAGACGAAGUGUCUGCGCUUUAACCCCGACGCCACGGUGUGGCGGGCGAAGCAGCAGGUGCUCUGCUCGCUGACGGAGUCGCUGCGCGACGUCCUCAACUACGGCCUGUUCCAGCCCGCCACCGACGGCCACGACGCCAAGUUCCUGGAGGAGGAGCGGCUGCUCAGGGACUACCCGCAGUCCUUCGAGAAAGGCGUGCCCUACCUGGAGUUUCGCUACAAGACUAGAGUGUACAAGCAGACAAACCUGGAUGAAAAACAACUGGCGAAACUACACACAAAGGCCAGUCUGAAGAAGUUUGUGGACUACACCCACAGCGGUUCCGUCGAGAAGAUGGCCAAGUUCCUGGACAAGGGGCUCGACCCAAACUACCAUGACUCAGAGACCGGGGAGACCCCCUUGUCCCUGGCCGUCCAAUCAGAGCAGGGGGGAGGGGAGGGGAUUCGAGUCCUGGUGUUGGGGGGAGCGCACAUCGACUUCCGGGCCAAGGAUGGACUCACCCCCCUCCACAAAGCUGUUCGAGCGCACAGCCACACUGCACUACUGACCCUGCUGUCUCUGGGAGCCUCUCCAGAUUAUAAAGAUCGCCGGGGCCUGACCCCGCUGUACCACACUGUGCUGACAGGGGGCGACACCUCCUGCUGUGAGACUCUGCUGUACCACAGAGCCAAACUGGGAAUGAGGGACGAGAAUGGCUGGGAUGAAACACAUCAGGCCUGUCAACACGGUCACUCCCAGCACCUAGAGCACCUUCUCUUUUAUGGAGCGGACUCAACUUCCCAGAAUGCCUCAGGAAACACUGCCCUGCACAUCUGUGCCCUGUACAAUAAGGAAAGCUGUGCGCGUAUUCUGCUCUAUAGAGGUGCCAACAAGGACACAAAGAACAACAGCGGACAAACUCCUUUCCAGGUUGCUGUAAUGUCUGGCCAUUUUGAACUGGGAGAGGUCAUUAAAAACCACCGUGAAUCAGAUGUAGUGCCCUUUCUGGAGUCCCCCAAAUAUGCCCCCCUGCGGCGAGAGAGCGCUCGAACCCUGGCCCUGCCCCACCCCCACCCCUUCCUCCGCGCCAACAGCGACAACAGCAUGAACCUGCCCGACUGGAUGGCCUUUCCUAAUGCCCCCAGCAGCAACAUAGUGUCUGUGCAGGGGUAUAAGCCCACUGGGACCCUGCGCAGCUCCAGCAGCCCCCGGGGGGCUCGCACCCGCUCCCCGUCCCGCGGGAGGGUUGGGGAGAGGGAGGACAGGAGCCGCCAGCCUCGGCCGAGGCAGGGGUCGGGCUCGGGCGCGAGUACAGGAACGACGGGGGGUCAGCGGCGGCGCCUGUACAGCGCUGUCCCGGGACGGGUGUUUGUGGCAACGCGAUCCCACACAGCUCAGGGGGAGAGAGAGCUCAGCCUAAACAGGGGCGACAAAGUCAAAGUGCUGAGCGUGGGCGAGGGGGGCUUCUGGGAGGGGACGGUGAAGGGCCGGACCGGCUGGUUCCCCUCCGAGUGCGUGGAGGAGGUGGCCGCGCGCAGCCAGGACAGCCGCUCAGACAGCCGCAGCGAGAAAGCCAAGAGGCUCUUCCGCCACUACACCGUCGGAUCGUACGACAGCUUCGACGCCCCCAGUGACUACAUCAUCAAGGAGAAGACGGUUCUUCUGCAGAAGAAAGACAAUGAGGGGUUUGGCUUCGUGCUCCGCGGAGCUAAAGCUCAGACCCCUAUAGAAGAGUUUACUCCCACCCCAGCCUUCCCUGCUCUGCAGUACCUUGAAUCAGUCGAUGAAGGGGGCGUGGCCUGGAGAGCCGGGCUGAGAAUGGGGGACUUCCUCAUUGAGGUGAAUGGACAGAAUGUGGUGAAGGUGGGACACAGACAGGUGGUCAACAUGAUCAGGCAAGGGGGCAACAGUCUCAUGGUCAAGGUCGUCAUGGUGACACGCAACCCUGACAUGGAGGAGGCGUCCAGGAAGAAAAUUCCUCAGCAGAGCAAGAGACUGGCCACACCCGCCAUUGCCCUGCGGUCCAAGUCGAUGACCUCAGAGCUGGAGGAGAUGGCUGCCGCUACUCCGUGGAGGAAGAAAUCAGAGAGCGAGGCCUCUCAGGCCACGGAGAAGAAGAGGACCGUCUAUCAGAUGGCUCUGAAUAAACUAGAUGAGAUUUUGGCAGCUGCUCAACAGACAAUCAGCACCAACGAGGGCCCGGGUGGGUCCCGGGGCCACGGGGGAAAGAGGGAACGGACCAGGGGCUUGUAUAGCAACGAGCCCAGUUUUGAGCAGCCAGGUACAGGACCCGCAUCAUCAGGUUCGGGUCUGGGGUACGAUCGGGGCCAAUUUACAUCGGGCCACGCCCCCCAGCACGGUAUGAUGCUGCGACAGAAAUCCAUCGGGGUGCCCGAGGAGGAGAAGCAGUACCUCCACCCUCCCUCCAUGAAGUUCUCCCGCAGCCUGUCCGUCCCCGGGCCCGACGAAAUCCCCCCGCCCCCCACCACCGCCCCGCCGGACCCGCCUUUCUCCGUGGGCCCGCCCACCAGCUGGAGGUCCCGGCAGUCCCAGCAGCCCUCGGUGUCGGUGUCCCAGUCGGGCUCCGCCCACUACCAGCCGUACUCCCAAGCGGCGCACUUCCCCCAGGGCGGGCGGGAGCGGGAGCGGGGCGGAGCCCCGGACCACCCACCCGCGUUCCCCCACGCGUCCCAGCCGAGCCGGGCCGCCGCCUCCCGGAAGGGCGGGGCUUACAUGGGGGAGCCGGCGAGCGGGGGCAAGGCGGCGGGUUUGAGGCGGGGCUACAGCACCGCCGUGCCCCCCUCCGGCAUGGCCGGCGCCGGCCAGCAGCAGCAGAGCCAGAACCAGAACCAGGGCCCCCAGCAACAGGCGCCCCGGCCCGAUCGCUCCGGCGGGGGCGGGGGCGCCUCCAAGGGAGGGGGCCGGAGGGCCAAGGGCCCCCUCGUCAAGCAGUCCAAGAUUGAGGACGGGGUGCGCAUGGGCCAGGCGGGACACGGAAAGGCCCCCGUGGAGAAGAGCUCCAUCCCCAUCCCCACCAUCAUCGUCAAGGCGCCCUCCACCAGCAGCAGCGGCCACAGCAGCCAGGGCAGCAGCAUGGAGGCGGAGCCGACCCCUGACCCCGACUCCAAGCCACCGCCCGGCGCUCCCUCUGGCCAGCCCAUCUCCGCCCCGCCCUCCGUCCCCGCGCCCCCGCCCCCCACCGUCCCCCCGCCGGCGCCCCCGUCGCUCCCCGCCCUGCGCGCCCAGGAGAGCCUGGACUUCACCAGCCAGUUCGGGGCCGCCAUCGUCGGGGCCGCCCGCAGGGACAGGGAGCGCUUCCACGAGGCCCGCAGGAAGAGCGCCUCCUUCUUCCUGUCCGCCGAGGAGGACACGGGGACGGGGGGCGGGGGCGGGGGUGGGCGGGGCCUCUCCCAGCCCGGCUCCCAGCCGGGCGGCCCCUCCCCCAGGCUGCGCCCCUCCAAAUCCAUCGACGAGGGCAUGUUCUCCGGGGACACCUUCAUCCACCACACCCGGAGCAUGCCCCCCGCUUUCGGGCUGCCCGAGUACUCGUCCCCGGCCCCCCCCGGCGGGGGCGACUACCAGCCCAAGUCGGUGCCGGCCGACUUCUACGGGGCGGGCAAGCAGCAGCAGCAGCAGCAGCAGCCCCUGCCGACCACCACCUUCAUCCACCCGCUGACGGGGAAGGUCCUGGACCCCUCGUCGCCCCUGGGCCUGGCCCUCGCCGCCAGAGAGCGUGCCCUGAAGGACGACGGACGGGCGCGGAGGGAGAGGGCAGGGGAACACCACUUUGGCCGCCAGCUCUCCUCCGCCGCCCCCUCGUCUCUUCUGCAGCACCUCCCGUCCUCCGCCCUGUCCUCCUCCGGCUCCUCCUCCUCCUACCUGGUCACCUCCUCCUCCCUGGCCGCCACCACCUCCACGCUGGGCCGCCCGCCGUCCCCCCGGGCCUUCGGGAGGGGGGGGCCCGCGGCCGGGUGGGCCGAGGAAGGGGGGGAGAGGGACAGGGAGCGGGAGAGGGAGAGGGAGAGCGGAGGAGGGGGAAGUGGAGGAGGGGCCCGGGAGGGGCUGAGGGUGCGGUUUUCGGAAGACCAAACGGUCCACACUCACCAUUACCAGCCUUACCAGCCGAGCUACAGGGACAGGGAGAGAGAGAGGGAGAGGGAAAGAGAGAGAGAGAGCGAUAGGGAGAGAGAGAGGGAGAGGGAUGGGUACGGGCGGAAGCCGGAGCAGGCGCCCCCUACCCAGCAGGCCCCUCAGCCCCAUCCCCAGCAGCCGGCCCCCCGUCGGCCAUCUUUCCUGAGGAUGGAGAGCGAGGCCGGGCGGUACGUGCUCUCUCUCACCCCGCCGUCGCCCCCCCCAGUCACGCCGGGGCCUAUGGUCCUGCCCCCCCCGGCCCCGUCGGUCGACGCCGACGACGAGUUCAUCUACGCCGAGCCCUUGCCCCCGCCCCUGGAGUUCGCCAACAGCUUCGACCGAGGCUUGGGAUCCGCGUCCGGGUACCCUCAGCAAGGAGGUAUGAUGGCCAACAGCCUGCACCGCCAACCCCACCCCCCCCCUCCGCCCCCUCCACCCCCCCCUCCGCCCCCCCAAAAAGAGCCUUUCAUAGGCGGGUACCCCCACCACACCCCCCUCCCCUCUCCGCAGGCCGGGGACUCCACCGCGUCUAGCCUGACCUCCUACGAUAGCGAGGUGGCCAACCUCACCCAGUCGGCCCCUUCCCCGUCCUCCACCUCCCCGAACCCUUUGCCCCCGCCCUCCCCCUCCAUGCUCCAGCCCGCUCUGUCGGGGCUGCCCCCCCCUCCCUCCGUCUCCCCCCCUCCGCCCCCCACCUCCUACCACCGGCCCUUUGGCCUGUCCCACUCCCACCACCUCUACAACAGCACCCACCACCACACGGGCCGGUCCUCCCCCACGCCUCCCCCCAUGUCCUCCGCCCCCCACCCAGCGCCGCCCCCCUCGUUCCGCGGCACUGUUAGCUCCGCCCCCUCCGGAGCUAGCUCCGCCCACGCCGCGGCCUCGCACGCGCACCACAGAGGCCUGACCGCCACUGUCACCUUCGCGGCCACCACCUCCGCCACCGCCGCCACCACCACCACCACCACCACCGCGCACCCCGCCCGCGCGGGCCCCGCCACCACGGCCGCCGGCGGGCCCGGCCGAAGGGCCGGUCGCCCCCCUGCCUCCGCCAAGAGCGGAGAGUCCCAGGAGACCGUGGUGGAUUCUGGGAUAGAGGAGCUGGACAGCCGCAGCAGCAGCGACCACCAUUUGGACAGCAUCUUGGGGGCGGUGGGGGUCAGGGCAGGGGAGAGGGGGGAGAGGCUGGAGCGGGGCGAGAGGGGGGAGAGAGGUGGCGGGGUGGCGGAGGGAGAGAGGGGGAGGGACCUGUUGGAUUCGUACAUGACUUACCUGGACGGGCAAACCUUUGAAAUGCACAACCCCAAAACGACCACCUCCACCUACCCUAAGUCGCAGAGGUCGCGAGAGGGAGGGGGGGGGGCAGUGGCGGAGCUGCGGAGGCAAGUCAGCACGGCCCCCCCGCCCUACCGCUCCCAGAGACGGAGGGCGGAGGAGGACGAGGAGGAGGAAGAGGAAGAGGAGGAGGAAGAGGAGAGAGAGGAGGACGAAGAGGAGAAUGGACAGCGGGGAUACGGCAUGGGAGAGACACAGAGCUUGGGGCGCCCGACGUCCCUCUAUUUUGAGAGGCCCCGCACCCCGGAGAUGAAGUCUCUCUGGGGGAGCGAGGGCGCUGGGGCGGGGCAGGUGGCGGUGGAGGCCGGCAGCCAGGUGGGUGGCGUGUAUUUGGAAGGGCGCAAGCUGCACCCCCCCAUCUCUGGCAUGAAGGCCAGCAUCAUCAGCGAGCUGAACUCCAAGCUGCAGGAGAUGGGGGAUAAAGGAAUAGAGGGAUGGGGGGGCCAGCGCUCUCUGAGCAGGCACAGACACAGGUUUUCGGAAGACUCCAGUUCUGCACUGAGCCCCCCCAUGGCCCGCUCCCCCUCUCCGUCCCCUAUGCACCCCCCCCGGCCGGGCCCGUCCCCCACCCCCUCCUCACAGCCUUCCCACUACCAGAGCUGGUCCCGCUCUCCCUCCCCGCAGCCCACUGCUGGGUCCUCCCAGGCCGCUCCGGGCCACUCCCCCCUGUCCCCCUCCUACUCCCCGUACCCCACCUCGCCCAAACACCGGCCCGUGUACCGCACCAAAGCCCUGGAGUUCCAGUUCAUCCCCAGCCGAAAAUCCGACCCCCAGCUCCACUCCAGCUACCUGCAGCGGCGUCGCGCCCCCAGUCCCCUCAUCUCGCCCUCCGAUAGGCCCAAACUGGGCCCACCCCGCCCCUCUUCCCUCCCCACCCUCCCCACGACCCCCCUCUACAGCAGCCUUUACGAGCUCAGGGGCUCCGUGACCCCGCCUUCCCCGGCUAACCCCCUGGGGGACCCCUACUUCUCCCCAUCCCCCCCUCUGUUCGCCCCGUCCGGGGCUCCGCCCCCCCCAAACUCCGCCCUGGUGGUCUCCCGCUCCCUGUCCCCGACCCACUUUCUGUCGGGAGCUUCCUCUCCCCCGCUGCACCCCUUGCCCCCUCCAACCUGUCUCAGCUACCCCCACUUGCCGCCCCCUUCCCCUUCAAAACCAUUCGCCUCUAAGCCCCUCCCAUUCUGGACCAAGAACGACGUGGCUGAUUGGCUGAGCUACCUGAACCUUGGCGAACACAGGGACAAGUUCCUGGACAACGAGAUUGACGGGACGCACCUGCCCUCCCUCACCAAGGAGGACUACCUGGACCUGGGAGUGACCCGUGUGGGACACCGCAUGAACAUAGAGCGAGCGCUGAAGAGACUGAUGGACAGACUUUCGAACCCUUUCCCACCUUCCUCACUCUCACCCCGGAAUGGACGGACCGAUAGAAGAAGGGAUGAGGGGUCAAGAAGCUGAGAGGAGUGUGGGGGAGAGAGAGGAGCGGCGUGUGUACGGACAGCCAUGGAGAGGGAGAUCACAAACGCUGCUGUCAGUGCUGGAUUCGCAAAACGGCUGAACGAAGGAGAGGAUCACUGAGGGCUGGGACAAACACGAGGGAAGAUGAAUGGGAAGAGGGGUGGAACGGCGAAAGGAUGGAAGACAAAGACACACAGACAGACCCGCUCCUAUAAGACACACAGACAGACCCACUCCUAUAAGACACACAGACAGACACUCCCAUAGGACACUGGCAAUUCGCUCCCAUAAGACACAAAGACACACUCCCGUAAGACACACAGACAGACCCACUCCUAUAAGACACACAGAUACUGACACACUCAUACGAGACAUACAGACAGAUACACUCCUAUAAGACACACUGACAGACCCACUCCUAUAAGACACACAGACAGACCCACUCCUAUAAGACACACAGACACACUCCUAUAAAACACACAGACAGACACACUCCCAUAAGAUUCAUAUACAGACACUUCAAUAUUACCCCGACAAACACGCUCCAAUAUUACACACAAACACACUCCUAUGUGACACACAGACAGACACAUUGGGCAGUCUCAUAGGAUACAAGGACCGGCACACUCCCACAAGACAGACACAGAAACGAACAAAUGCCAGGACUGCUACAUUAACACAAACAAAACCGCAGAGUUUUGAGAACGCUCUGAAUUUGCACCAAAAAGUCUAACAGCGUAGAUGUGAGAUUCCUAAGUUUUUUAGACUGACGUUCCGCUUGAAAAACGACAGAACAGAGAACGAGCGAUAAAGAACAGGGAGAGGGAUACACUUCUUUUCCUCUCUCUCUUUCUCUCUCUCUCUGUUUUGUGGGUCUUUUGGGCCGACGGCGCUGUUGCAGUGUGGAAGAGGCUUCGUGUUUGUGGUGUUUUUGUAGUAUGGUAGGAGAGUCCCCAGCUCUGUGUUCUUAGUGGUCAAGGCCUGUUGGGUCAGGACGUUCCUCACUGUUACGUGCUGGGAUGUUGUGAGUAGCAAAGUGUUCAGACCCGACAACGAGGGUAAUACUGAUGUGUGUGCACAUACGCACGGAUGCACACACACACGCACACACACACAUGAACACGCACACGCAUGCACACACACGUGCUCGUACACACACACACACGCACGCGCGUACACAGACGCACAUAUA